ACGCGCAUAUGUGUGGAGUGCACCCCCUCCCUUCCCCCCUCCGGUUUCCACGUUUCAGAGAUGGAAGUGGAUCAACCGACUCAAAACUAGAAACCAAACUCCUAGGUUGCACUAUGGUUUCCACAUCCGUUGACAAGCGGACCUAGACAUCAUGACCACACCACUCGAUAUGGACACAUGGCAACCAACCGAGGACCAAACCUGCAUAAGGUGCGCAACUCAAGGGAUUUUGCCUGAUCCUACAUCGAGUUUAAGAACAAAAAUUAAAUAUAAACUAUCGCGUCUAUAUGGUUGUUGAAAAGGCUUGUGUGUAGCCUACUGGUUAAAUUUGUGUCUUUACGCACGAAUUAAGCCACAAAAACGCACGGAAUUUGCUGAAAUGCAUUUUGUACAUAUAUGCACGAAUUGAUUGUGAGACUGUGUUGUCAUAUAUAAGUAGCCUGUCCUACAGUAUUGGGACAAAUAUACCUCGUCCAAAGUCUUGACUAGUUUAUUGACUCACUAAAGUGGUUUGUUUUCGAACUUUACUAUGUGGGAGCGAAUCUACUUUUACGCAUCAUUUAUUUGAUGCGUUUUCGUAAUUGUUAGUCUGGUCCAUUAAUUAUGUCAGUACACUGAAGCUGAUUUAUUAGAAAUUGCUUCACUAAUUCAGUCAUUCAUUGAUGGUUUGAUUGUCUGAUUGAUUAAUACACUUCGUUGACAUAUUAAACUACAGGGGCAGCCAUGACAGGAAGGUUGAUGCUUGGCAUUGUUGCGUCACAAUACAAAAUGCCUCUGAUGACGUAAUGAUCAAACACCAAGCUGCCACUGGUGAAAUGACGGAUCAUUAGCUGAUUGAACUACAAGGUGAACGAAUUUAAUGGUGCCGAAAGCCACUUCCUAUUCCAAGUACUCAAGACUAGAAGGAGCAUUCUGAUUAGAAUACUGCAGACCAGUGAAUGAUGAAUAGGAGGCCCAACCUGAAUGGGUCUGGAGGACCAAGGUCCAUCGGUGUUCCGCUGCUCUGUCCUUCUAACAGAGUGCUGCUGGAGAGAGAAGAGGUCAGCCAGGCCCCAGUGAUGGCCUCCUCUUUCAGGCCCUCAGCGUUCCCCUCCCUGCAUGUUGUACCCCGUGCUCCCCCUCCUGAUGACGUCAGGUCCAAGAGGCCCACAGCUGCCCACAGAAAGAGGAGAGACCUCCAGUCCCUGGUUCCUGUCCAGGAUGGAUGUCGUGAGUCUCCCGGUUGGUUUAACAGCAGCAGCUCCCAGCUACCUGCCAAAACCAACAGACGCAGGCGCAACAAGGAGCUUUCCUUCACUGAGGUUCUGAAGAACUACAAGCUUCUGCCUGAUUCCCGGCCCAGCAGCCCAGAGAGCCUGUACCAGCCUGAGACAAUGAUACCUAGAAUCUCUGUCAGCAUCACUAGACCUGAGGGGAGGCCUAGCAACCCUCGAUGCCCCACUAGACGGCCUGUUAGCCCAAUUGGCCUGGUCCAACCUGAUGUACAGCCUUCCAGACCUGAGGGGAGGCCUAGCAACCCUCAACGCCCCACUAGACGGCCUGUUAGACCAGUGGGCCUAGUCCAGCCUGAUGUACAGCCUUCCAGACCUGAGGGAAGGCCUAGCAACCCUCGGAACACCAGUAGGAGAAAAGUUAAGCCCAGUAAUCCUGUGUGUCCCGUUAUACUCGAGUCCCAACCUACCAGUCCUGUGAGCAUCACCACCAGCACUGUGGAUGUAGUCCAGCCUGAGCCCCGUCCUACCUGCCCUCUGUCCCUGGAGGAGCCGGCCCUUUCAGAGUCAUGCAGCUUCAGCAACAAUGUGUUUGUUCUCUCCAUGCCGAAAGCUGCCCAGCCAGAGGAGGCUGCCAGAGGGAGCAGCAGCCCACCCAGGGACAUCAUCAGGCCUGAGGCCUUCGUCCAGACAGGACCCCUGCUGGCCAGGAGAGCCCAGAGGGAUGCUCCUCCUCCAAAGGUCCCCAAACCCCCGGUGGCCCCCCGUCCCAAACUGCUGCCCUCCCUGGGCCAGGGCAACGUGUCCCUUGUCAGUGCCAACACCUGGGAUGAAAGGACCAAGAAGAAGAGAAAGAAAGGAGUCAGAGUUCAGAGGUCUAGCCUGGGUCUGAGGCAUAUCCCCGUGACCUAG